UCAAAGGAACGGGGUGGGAACCGAGGCAUCGUCCGCGCGCCCCCUGCGCUUUUGUUGUUUCGGCGUGGAAAUACGACGCGCGCGAGACCAUGUCCGUGUUCGCCGACUCCGAUUAUCUCGCCGCCGAGUGUCUGGUGUCGAUCUCGAGCGGUCCCGUGCUUCACCGGGCCAGGGCCCUGCCUCACGGCGAGGCGGAGGGCUCGAGCGAGGACAGGGAGGUGCGCGAGACCCUUAGGCUGGAGGGCGCGGGCGAGGAGGCCGAUGUCGUCCUCGCGGACACGCACGCCGCUUUCCGGCCCAUGUCCGCUCACUCGGAGAGCAGCAGCAGCUCGUCGUCUUCAUCGAGCUCGUGCGGCGAGAGCGGCUAUGCCACGCUGUGCGACUCAGGCACCGCGACCCCGAACAUGACCCCCACCGGUACCCCGGUUCCGGGACAGACAAACCGCAACGCCCCCCAGCAGAUGUGGGCAGAGGCAGGAGGAGGAGGAGGAGGAGGGGCGGCGCCGCGCUCGCCCUCUAAGCGCCACCCCUGCACUUUCGACGGAUGCGACCGAGUGUACGGCAAAUCAUCUCACCUGAAGGCGCACAUCAGGACACACACAGGUGAGAGGCCGUUCCCAUGCACCUGGGCCAACUGCGAGAAGAAAUUCGCCCGCUCCGACGAGCUGGCACGCCACCUGCGCACCCACACGGGUGAGAAGCGCUUCCAGUGCCCGCUCUGUGCCAAACGCUUCAUGCGCAGUGACCACCUGAUCAAGCACGCACGCCGCCACCCCGACUUCCACCCAUCCAUGAUCGGACGCAGGGGACAUGGUUCACCCCAGGGUCAAGGGUCAUCCAUCAGCACACAGUCUCAGUAAACCAGCAGCAUCCACUUCACAACCUAAACCCAGUCGGACACCUUUCCAUAGCAAUGCAGCCCCUUUUUUAACACAUAAGCCACCUGUUUGAACACCAGAUAGUGUUCGAAAGUUCUCACUCCCCUUGAAUCCCAUCGCCUCGUCUUCCCUCGAGUCCAGUUGUGAGUUCGAGCCGGUCGUUUGCCUCAACACAAUAAUCCUGGUGCAAUUGUAUCCUCCAACAUGAAUGACGACUGAUGUCAAAUCUGCUGCAAGAAUUCCACGUGUUGUAGAUCCUUUUAGCUCUCCAAGCCUCUCUUGCCACAAGCACAACACGCUACUCCUUCCAGGCAGUGAAGCUAUUUCGGGUUGACAAGAUGGCCGCCCGCAACGCAGCACAAUCCUCACUCUCGGAUUCUUCGGUUGUUUCUGAAAGUCUGCUUUAGUUACAUCACUUCUCAGUCAUGUUUGAGAUGUCCUUUUCUCUUUUUCUGGUUUACGGGUGUGGAUCUUAAUCCCCCAAUUAAACGGACACUGUUUGAAAUUGCUGUCAUUCCAGGUUAGGUUUGCGUUCCAGUACUGUUUUUAAUACCCCCUUAUUGGCAUUCCUUCACGGCCGCGUCGCAAUACUAAAAGUGGCCACUUACUUGCAAAACAACACAAAAAACACUCGCUCUUAGCAGGAAGCACAGUGUAUUCGAAGCGAAUAACAGCCUGCUAACUAACUAGUUAACUGUCUAAGCGUGCUACCUAGCUGGCUAGUGUGCUAAACAGCUGGAUUGUUAAUUAGCUAGCUUGCUCAAGCUAGUCAGAUUAGCUGUCAUGACUAGCUUCAAACCGAGCGAAUCAAUGUUAAAGUUUUGAAAUAUUAAUACAUUUUACGGCUGCUUAUUUUUCUAAACGGCGCCAUCUGACACUUUUUCCUGUUUUGAACAGAACGUUAGAUCUGCGUUAGUUCUUAACGACUUCUCGGUACGCCGGGUGUGCAGGUAUUCAAGUGAAAUUUACUUUUUAAGAUUCUGAAGCCUGAUACUGAAUAUAUAAAUAACAUAAUACUUCAAAAUGACUAAGACAUAAGCAAAACUGUUUGUGUAUUCAGGAAAAAAUAAAUGAAAGAUGGCACCACUGAUUUCUCAAGGUUUCAUCUAACAAAACCUAGCUCUAGUGAAGCUUGGAAUAUCGCUAAAAAUAGUGACCGAUUCAGCCAAGGAUAAACGAGGGCAUGAAAACAGUACUGGAAUGCAGUCUUAGAUGAACCACCUCAUCUCUUCACAUGGUGCUCUAUUUCCAGUUCUUCUGUAACUGACUGUAAGAGUUCAAAAUGGCAAAAAAAAAAUACCUGUAACUCGGUUGUUAAUAUACACAGAACUCACAAAAUGUCUGUUCACAGUUGUGUGUUUUUGGAAGUUGGUUUACAUGUAACUGCGCCGCUGUGCUUGAGCGCCAGUGAUGUUCGUUUAUAUAACUAAUGACGGUAAUUAACAAUAUCGAUAAUGAAAUUAAUGAUGGAAAGUGAAAGAGAAAUAUUUACUCUUUAAUAUUGUCAUAAGUUAUUAUUUUUUUCCUCGCAAUUACCUUUUGUUUGCGCAAUUUAUAUACACACACAUAUAUAUCUAUAUAUAUAUAUUAGAAGUAUAUGUAUUUGGUUUUAAUUUUGUCUUUCCAAAAUUGUAAUAUCAACACUGAUGAUCCAUGGCCACUGAAACGGUUAAAUGGUUCGACGUGUUUUUAGGUCAUUUGCCUGUUAGUUAUUUCUCAUAAAACAACUUCUUUUUUUAAAUAAUUAUCAAAAUAUUUAGACCUGUAACCUCAUGCUGGAGGGUUGCAGAUAGCUUGUCAUCCGCGUGUGUGUGUGUGUGUGUGUGUGUGUGUGUGUAUGAGUGUGUGUGGGUAUAGCUAUGGUUGAAGCUUCUACAGUAGAGAUGUUACAUAAAUUAUAAUGGUUUAUUGACCUUAGGGAUAAAGGGCACUCGGUUGCUUUAUCAGAUGGGCUGGUGCUUCUUGCUCGUGUGUGAACGUAUGCCAUUUGUGUAUGUGCGUAUGUAUAAGAGAGAACGCUAAUCUCUCUCUCUCUCUCUCUCUCCAAACACAUCUAUCUCAGAGAACAAUGUAAACACAUCAGGAAUUUCAGAAAGCCUUAAUUCCUCUCCGACUUAUUUUGCACCAUUGUUUACCGUUACACACUUUCUACAGGUAACGUCUGCCGCAGGGUUUUUUCUUUUUCUUUUUUUUUUCCUCAACAAAAUAAAAUACAAAUAUGCAAUAUUGCACUUUUCUUCUAGGUGGUGGUGAUGAUGAUGAUAAUGAUGAUGCAUCUGUCUGCUAGUGUGAUGGGUAACACUGUAUAAAUAUAUACGACUGCAAAAAUAUAAAAAAAUUAAAAAAAUAAAUAAGGAACACUGUGGAAUUGGAGCAGGACCCGUCACGGAAAAAAAACAAACAAAAAAAAACACAUUAGUCUUGGGAUGCACCUUUUUCCAAGUGCUUGAAUAAGUGCGACAAAGGGAAGAAACUGACCUGAUCGUUCACAGAAAUUUUUUUAUAUUUGUUUUUUCUGUGCUAUCAUUUUUGUUUUUUAUUCUUUCUUGGAUAAAGAUCAGUCGAACGAACUCCGGCAUCACUUUUCUCAUCCUUCUUUCCUUUCCAUCCACACAAAAAGAUUUUUUAUAUUGUUUCUAAUACGAGAUGACGGUAUCUGCAUCCACGCACAUAACGCAAUACAAGGACUGCAACAGGUAGCUGCUGGCAGUUAUCUGAACUGUAACACAUCAAAAACGUCAAACUAAUGAAAAUGCAAAGAAAAGUCAGUCUCAACGGGUUUCAAAAAAACAAGCCAAUAUCAUACCUCUGGUCACUUGUGUCAAGAACUUGACUGUGUCUGUCGUGCUGUUUAUAGCAAAUGGUUUUUGGCAUUAGCCGUUCACCACACACCAACAUUUAGCCAUAAUGGACUUCACUUUGUCACAUUUCAAUUGAUUUCAAGUUAAAAUGCCUUUCUGAUGAAUUCAACCCCUCAUUCAAAAACCCCCCUUCCUAUAUCUAAUCAGUUUGCAGUUAGCGCUAGCACUGCUAAUUCUUGGCCAGUAAAUGCUGUUGCAAAAACCACAAAGUCAUAUUUUUCUUGUCUUUAAAAUUGUCUUCCCUUGUUUUUGCUUUACAUUUUUUUUCUUUUAUAUUCUAAAUGUGUCACAUGCUGUGUAUUAGUGCUUGGGUGUAAAAGGAAACAAACAAAGCUAAUGUUGCUAACAACCAGCAGUAGCUGGUUAGCAUUAUGCAAGUGAGAUCAUGCUAACCAUGUUUAGCUUUAUUAGCCAUCUUAGCCUUUGUGGAUAAAGUUUCUUUGGUGACCUGUAGUGGCCUUCUAGGUAGUUUAUGAUGAAGUCCAUGCUAGUUUGGUAGGUUAGCGGUUUUUGUUUUUCUUUCCUCAGUGGGUGUCUCAAUGCAAAAACAACCCCAUGUCUCUUGUCUGUCAGUUCUGUUCUUGUUAGUAUUGUUUAACCUUUUUGACUUUUAUUGUCACUAAUCUUUUUCCUGUGCUGUUUUUUUUUUUUAAUUUUUGUAUUUUAAAAGUUUUAUCUUUGCAUGUCAAAGGAAUGCUCAGUACAGAAAUGCUAGCAUUGCUAAUAAUGAACAGAAGACUUUAACCUACUUAAAGUAGUGUCUUUUGUCCCUUUUAGUUUGUCUUACUUUUGUGUUUUAAAACAUGUCACACACAAAAAUGUGAAUGUUGCUAGUAGCACGGAAUGCAAUUCUGUCAGUUUUAUGCAAAUUAUAUCAUGCUAACUGAUCAGUCCUACUGUUUAUUAGCCAUGUUAGCAUUUAUGAGUGAAGCAUUCCUCUGACGGUCUUGUGUAACCUAUAAAGUAUGUAUAGCGAUACCCUCUGAGGCAGUUUAGGAUGAAGCCUGUGUAACUGGAAUAGUUUAGCUGUUAAAUGUAGUAAUAACAGCCAGUAAAUCUUGGUUGGAGCCCCGAUGUUUUUAUAAGUCUGUCCAAACCGGUAUUACUUGUGUGUGUUUUAUUUCGGUCAGUCGUAGUGAGAGAAAAGCUAAUCUUGGUAUAAAAAGCUGCCUUCUUGCUUCGUGUCAAUCCAACCUUGACCUCAUUUAUUCUAAAGUUUUUUUUUUUUCUUUUUUGGUACACACUAAAACCAAAUACACACCAUUUUUCUGCAGGUCAGCGAUCACACUAAUAAGUCUGUCAAGACUGCAUCAAAGUCUCUUUCCUUUCACGGGGUUAUGACCUCAUCAGGAUUUGGGCUUUAAUGCAUCUCCUCAGGUGAUAAAACUGAAUGCUGAGAACCUCCGUUCUUCACCGAUGUAUAAGCAUGAUGUUUUUUUAUGGUCGGUUUUAUUUUGGUAUUCCUCUGCUGAUUUAAUUUAUUACAUGCUAUUUGUGUGGGGUUUUUUUUUUCGUAGUGCAUUGUGAGGUAUGAAACUUUGCUAAUAUUUGGGUUAAUUGAUUGCCUCAACUACAAGAAACUGCCAGUGCUU